AUGUCAAUACGAUCAGAAAAUGAGUCGGCAGGUGGUGUAGGUGGUGUGUCACCAUACAGGACCCUCCUAAAGUAUGCUAGAGAGUAUACCCAUUCGAAGGAUGGUCAGAGUAAACACCCCAUUGGGCUCAUGAUGUGCGGUUUGAAUGCUGGCCUCAUGCAGUCUUUAAUAUUCAAUCCAUAUGAUAGAGCACUCUAUCUCACCAUAAAGCACAGCAAGGAUACCUCGGGGUACCAUAGGAGCUUCCUGGACCGACGUAAUUGGCCCCAACGACCAGGGCAGUAUUUUGAGGGCGUCGGCCCGGCGGUGCUCCAGAAGGCUGUCAGCUUUGGACUAUACUUUCCUAUGGAGGAAUUGUUUUUAUCCUCCCCCCUGGUCGAGAAAGCUGGAGGGGCCUGGCUCGCCGGCACACUAGCAGGUCUCGCGAAUGGCAUCUUCACGACGCCGUUCAACGCUGUGAAGUUCUCAAUAUGGCGGACUGCUCCUCAAGCCUACUCCAAUCCAGCUACGGCAGUCACUAUCCUCAAAGAGAUAAGAGCGACCGAAGGCUUUCGAGGAUUAUUCCGUGGAUGUGUACCCACAGUGUAUCGGGAUGUUACCUUUUGCCUCACCUAUGCGACGAUGAGGCACGUCCGUUCCAACGAUCCGCAAGCCGGGGGUUUCCUGGGCAACAUGAUUAGCGCUAUAGUUGCUACGGCGCUCAGCUCUCCCUUCAAUUGGGUUCGACUGCAGGAGUACUCCCAUCCGGAAGUGUCUCGACGGACCUCGCAAUGGUUGAGGAUUCUCUUUGAGUCUGAAGGCUUGAUCGGCGCUGGUCCGAGCCUCGGUAAUGGCUUCAUGGCUUCGUCCAAGGAGCUCUGCAGACGGCUGGGGUAG